CUUACCUAUUUUGCUUCUUCAAUAUUUUUAUUUAUAUUUAUUAUAGUAUCACUUCCAAAAAAAUCCCAAAAAAAAAUUCAGAAGAAGAUAGAGAGAGAUAUCAACAACAACAAUGGAAGAUUCAAGCAAAAAAAGCCAAAAGAAGAAGAAGAACAAAACCAAGAACAACAUCCCAACUGUUUGGUUCUCACUCAAGAAAUCUCUCCACUGUAAAUCCGAACCAUCUGAUGUCCACGACCCUAAAUCCACAACUAAACAACAACACCUCUCCACAAUCUCCACCAAGAAAAUAUCCGGCGUAUCCUCCGGAGGCGCAGCCGUAUGCGGUGGUGGUUUAUCAGGAUGUUCAAGAUCAAUAGCAAAUCUCAAAGAUGUUAUCCAUGGAAGCAAAAGACAUUUCGAGAAACCACCAAUAAGUAGUCCUCGUUCUAUUGGAAGCAAUGAGUUUCUCAAUCCUAUUACUCAUGAAGUUAUCCUUAGUAACUCAACUUGUGAGCUUAAGAUCACUGGUGUUGGAGACAUGGCUUCACCUGUCGGUGCAGUGGAUUCCGGCGGUGGAGGUGGCGGCGGAGGAGGAGGAAAUGGUAGGUCUACGACUUAUGUAGGUAUGCUUAGACCAGGAACACCGAUGCAUUAUCUUAACCAUUCAGCUUCUUACCGGAGCCAAACGAGAAAGGGUUCGUUUGCUUUGUCGGAGAGAGAUCGAGGAGGAGGAGGAGAAGGGUUAGGGUUUCAUACAAACAGAAGAGUUUCAUUGGAGAUGAACAGAGAAACCGCCAUUAAUGGAGGCAACAAUUCCUCUGUUUCUUGUCAUAAAUGUGGUGAACAGUUCAAUAAACUUGAAGCUGCUGAAGCUCAUCAUCUCUCUAAACACGCCGUAACAGAGCUUGUAGAAGGAGAUUCAUCAAGAAAGAUAGUGGAGAUAAUCUGCAGAACAAGCUGGUUAAAAUCAGAGAACCAAUGUGGAAGAAUCGAUCGAGUUUUAAAAGUACACAACAUGCAAAAAACACUAGCUCGUUUCGAGGAAUACAGAGAGACAGUAAAAAUCAGAGCAAGCAAACUUCAAAAGAAGCAUCCAAGAUGUCUCGCAGACGGUAACGAGCUACUUAGGUUCCACGGAACCACUGUGGCUUGUGGUUUAGGUAUAAACGGGUCAACGAGUCUUUGCACGGCGGAGAAAUGUUGUGUUUGUCGGAUUAUACGAAAUGGGUUCUCGUCGAAACGGGAGAAGAAUAAUGGAGUUGGUGUUUUCACGGCAUCGACUAGUGGAAGAGCGUUUGAGUCGAUUUUGGUUAAUGGUGGAGAUGAGAGUGGAGAUGUUGAUCGGACGGUGAGGAAAGUGUUGAUUGUGUGUAGGGUUAUUGCCGGAAGAGUUCAUCGGCCGGUGGAGAAUGUGGAGGAGAUGAAUGGGUUGAUGAGUGGGUUUGAUUCUUUGGCUGGUAAAGUUGGUGUGUAUACAAAUGUGGAGGAGCUUUAUUUGCUUAAUCCUAAAGCUUUGCUUCCUUGCUUUGUGGUUAUUUGCAAACCCUGAAAAAAAUUAGCAUUUUGGGAAGAAGAGUGAAUUUUUAUUUUUUUUGUUGAUAAAUUUAUGUUUCGUAUAAUGAGAAUUGAAAUCAAUAGAAAUUUGGAAU